AUGUACUUCAAGUUUACAACAAUUCUUUUUGGUGCAAUGACCAGUAAACUCCUCAUAACGGCAGGUUCGAAUUACGAUGAAACACUUCAGAUUGUCCCUGUGAAUUCUGCAGAACCAUUGGUCAUCGAUUCCGAGAUCGGCCGUAUACUACUUCAGGUUUUCAUCAAGAACUUCGCGGGAAGCAAGGAUCACUACCCAUCUAGCAAAUACAAUGUCUCAUCCCUGAGCGAUGUGGAAGCAGCAUCGCCAACUGAGAAUUUUUCAACAGAACUUCCAAACUUUAGAAUUUUGAUUAAUUUUCAGCCUUCCCGGUCUAUCCAAGGCUCCCAGCUUGUGUUUGGAAAUGAGAGCUUAACACCUGUCAAAGACCACGUUCCAGUCUCCCUCUUGUCAACUGGUCUCAAAUUCUUUUCCUGGUGGUUAAACCCUUCAAUAAAGGGUGACGUCUACAGCGAAACGCCAUAUUUAUUUGGUUUGGCGCUUAACAGUUUUAGCAGGAUCCGUAUCGACGACAAAAUUAGCAAUGAAACUAUCAUGCCUAUAAAUGACGAUAAAGAGAAUUUAAAGGACAAGGACACCCGCAUACCAGAAUCAGCCAGCGCAAGAAAAAAGUAUUAUUCCACUGAAACAAAGGCCGCUGAAUUUACUUUCAAUCAGGAGGAAAGUUAUACCUUUCAAUUUGACACGAACUAUAUCAAGUUAGGCGACUCACAAUACAAGCUACUGAUUCCCACUUAUGGACAACAUUCACUCGAUAUUGAUGUCGGUCAUUACGCAAAUGAUAGUUUAAACAGUUUUAACUGGGUCCUCAAGCAACAUGGGAUAGAUGGCGCUAAAAAAGGGGUGCCAGGAUUAAUCAUCAAAUUCGCUUUAGUAUCUGCAUAA